UCAUAUGUGCGUACCAAUCCACGAAGCGCGCUGCUGCGCUCGUGACUGCGCCUGAAAAAAUAAAAUGGUCGCUGGUCAUCAGGGUGAUGUGUACGUGGAAUUUCAAGCUUAUAACAAUUACUAGAAAGAGUAUAUAAUUGAUCAGGAGUGUUAAAAAUGGGUGACAUAAAAGCGCAGCAUGGUGCGCAAGAUAUGAAGGGCUGGCUGUUUAAGUGGACUAAUUACCUGAAAGGUUACCAAAGAAGAUGGUUCGUACUGUCAAAUGGCCUUCUGUCAUACUACAGGGCUGAACCAACGGGGGGGCCAAAGAUAUCGAUGCGACGCAGGCGGAGAGGUGGCAGAGCCUCCGAGAACCAGGCAGAAAUGGCGCAUACGUGUCGGGGUACCAUAUCAUUGCACGGGGCCUUAAUCCAUACUGUCGAUCCGUGCACCUUUGUUGUGAGCAAUGGAGGGACACAGACAUUUCAUAUAAAAGCAGCUACAGAGAUUGAACGCCAGCAAUGGGUCACUGCGUUGGAAUUAGCAAAAGCCAAAGCUAUUCAAGCAAUGGAGUCAGAAGAAGAUGAGGAAGAUUAUCAAGACAAUGACAAUCAAAAAGCUGAGCAUGCCUCCAUCGUUAAAGAUCUAACUGACCGCUUGGAAGACUUACAGACUUGUAAUGAUCUAAUAACUAAACGGGGUACUGCCUUGCAGCGGGCUUUGAAUGAGCUUGAAACUCUGGAUGUUUCGUCUAAUGUUUCUCCCAAGAUAAAAACAGUUAAUGAGCGUGCAGCUCUUUUCCGAUUUGCUUCAAGCACGAUGAUUAAUAAAUGUUCCGACUAUCUCAAUCUUGCCCAACAACAAGGACACAAGUGGCAAAAGUUGUUGCAACAUGAACGCGAACAAAAAUUACGGUUAGAAGAAAUGGUAGAGCAGCUUGCAAGGCAACAUUCUCAUUUGGAACAAGCGGCUCAGCAUGCUUUACCUCCAGCUUCAGGACCUAGUGGACAUAGAUCUUCUCACGCCCCAGUGCAUGCCUCUCCGUCGGAGGACGAAGAAGAUAACGCUGAGUUCUACGAUGCCCAGGAAUCAGACACAUUUACCUUAAACAUUCCUGGAGUAGCAAGUGGACACUCCACAUCGAGGGAUCGCGAUCGUACGGAUUCCCAAGGUAGUGAUGAUGGUUCAAGCUCUGAGGGUGAUCCAGCUAAUCCAUCUCCCGGUCCUGACUCAGCUGCUAAUAACUCGUUCCAUAUUCUGACUGAUCCAUCUGUUUCGGCAUCUAAAUCGAGUGAUACAAACUCCACAAGCGAACUGGCUACUACGGCUUGGAAUUCUAACAAUGGCACCGAAGCAGCAGCUAGCACCGGGAUGACAGUCUCAAAAAGACAACGUCGAACUAGGGUACCUGUUAAACCUAACUAUCCACUAAAUCUCUGGAGCAUAAUGAAGAAUUGCAUCGGAAAAGAACUUUCAAAGAUCCCAAUGCCUGUAAAUUUUUCCGAACCACUCAGUAUGUUACAACGCCUUACAGAGGAUUAUGAAUAUGCAGAAAUACUCGAUAGAGCUGCAGAAUGUGAAGAUAGUUGCGAACAAAUGGCAUAUGUCGCAGCAUUUACGGUUUCGAGUUACUCAACAACAGCUUCUCGAACGGGGAAACCGUUUAACCCUUUGCUAGGUGAGACAUAUGAAUGCGAUCGUACUGAUGAUCUUGGAUGGCGAGCUAUUUCCGAGCAGGUAUCCCAUCAUCCACCAAUGGUUGCACAGUACUGUGAAGGGCGAAAGUGGCGUUGUUGGCAGGAGUUCACAAUGGCUUCGAAAUUUCGUGGAAAAUAUCUACAGGUUAUUCCCUUGGGUACGGCUCAUUUGGAGUUCAUUGGAACCUCACAGCACUACACAUGGAGGAAAGUAACGACCACUGUGCAUAAUAUUAUAGUUGGAAAAUUGUGGGUUGACCAAAGUGGUGACAUGGAUAUUGUUAACCAUCAUGACGGUACGAAAUGCCAUCUGAAGUACAUACCAUAUUCGUACUUUUCGCGUGAUAGCCAACGCAAAGUAAAAGGGGUUGUAAUGGAUGCGAACAACGUUGUUAGAUGGGUUGUGCAAGGAACUUGGGAUACUAAAAUAGAAGUUGCUCCCGUUAUAAGUUCUUCCGGCACCCCUGAUAAUCCUGUUUAUAAAACUGGUCCUUACAGUCUUGCUUGGAAACGACGUAUGCCGCCUGAGGACUGUGAGAAAUACUACUCAUUUACGGAACUGGCUUGUCAGCUGAACGAACCAGAAGAUGGUGUUGCACCCACUGAUUCACGGCUACGUCCCGAUCAACGAUUAAUGGAGAAUGGACUCUGGGAUGAGGCGAACGCUCAUAAGUUACGGCUAGAGGAUAAACAACGAGCAGUUCGACGAAGCCGUGAGGCAGAUGCCGAAAAAGCCGCGGCAGAAGGUCUACCAUAUGAGGGGUACGAGCCCAUUUGGUUUAAGAAGCAGAGAGAUCAAUUUACAGACAGCUUAUGUCACAUUUAUACCGGGGAAUACUGGGAAUGUAAAAACAAGGGCGACUGGACACGGUGCCCCAACAUAUUUUAGUUUAUCAUUUAAACUAAUAAAUCCAAUAAUUCAUUAUUUGACGUUUCAUUUGUAUUGAGAGCUGGAAAUUGUUGGGAGGCAAUCAUAUUGAGAGCUAAUGAGCGAUGGACGAGAAAAUAGUGUUAAUUGUGCUGGUCGUGUAAAGCCACUUGUCUUUCGCUUAUUGUACGAUUUAUUCGGACUUAUAAUACAUUUACCAUAAAUCAGUAAGUAUGUACCAAAUUGUUUGCUACCUGACAGUUACUGUUAAAAGUCUCAUUCUUGUGAAGUGAAAUAGAAAUAUGAACUGGAAAUCUGACAGUCCCGUCGGAGCCUUUACUUUAUUAUUUAAUCAAUUAUAAACGCAGUUUCAUCUAAAAUUGGGCAUCCUCGGAGAAUUUAAAAACAAUUUAAAAUUACAGUGUACUAAAAACAUGAAAAUCGAUGCCAGUCAAAUUCGUUGGAGUUUGUUUGUUUGACGAAUUUCCUUUGCAUCAAGAAAUGAACUAAAAUUAUUUCAUAGGAUUUAUAAAAAGUUUCACUGUUUGAAAAGUAGUUUUCGACUUGAAAGUUAUUACUAUUUAUUUUGAAUGAAUUUUACCCUUAUUAAAUUUGCAUAUAGUAUUUUUUUUUUGCGAUACUCUUUACUUGGCAACGUCUUGCAGGCUGAAAUUUUAAAGAAAAGAGGAUGCUUAAAAUUCCCAUGCUGCACAACUAAUACAUAGUACAGAAACAAAUAUGAUAUAAUUUAAUAAAUUGAAAUAAAAAUAAAGGUGGCGUGUGAGCUUCCAAAAUAUUUAAUUAGGGAAGCAACUAGGCUUUGUAUACAAUAUUAUUACGAAUUUUUCCUGUCCCAGAUUUACAUUUGUUAUUUAAUAUUAUUACUUUAUUAUCACCAUUAUUAUUAUUAUUGAAACGAACUUAUUGUGUAUAGGGAUUCCCUGCUGGAAUUACAUAAUAGUGUUGGACUGUUUUCAUUAAGACUACAUAAUUUGAACUUGAUUUGUAUCAGUAUCGGAUGAAUUGAAAGUAACAGACUGUACGGAAUUCAUUUGUCCGCUUUCAACUUGUUUACGAUCCACUGUUAUUUCAAUAGUGUCAUCACACUUACAAUUAGACAUGAUAAAUUUUCAAAUCGCAGAUUAUCCUCGAGAUUAUCUAGGCUCAGAAACGAAAAUUUCAACAUCUCUUACAUCUAUGUAUAUCAAUCAAAGAAUUAAGCACCAACGACUGUACUUCAAAGUCGGAUGACAUUGCCCACCAGCUUUUAACUACAAAUUCCUCUCCAAUGAAUGUCCAAAAAUGAACAUUUGAAUGAUUCAUAUCGUGAGGGUUUGAGGAAAUUGAAGCUCGAUGAGAUUGCCAUUUGUCGAUCACUAGCUGACACCUUGAUAGAUCAAUGGGUGAUUCAUCUUGAAAUUUUCACAACUACAGAUUUCUACUUGCAGUAUGUUGUACUGUUAUGUUAAAUCCGUACGAUUAUUCCCAGGCUGUAAUCUAAUUUUAACUGUUGAUAAUUAUUGAAAAGAUGAUACAUUAUCUGUAUACAUAUAAAUACAAAAUAAUUAUUAAAUAAAUAAUAUUAAAAACAUAAAUAAAUAAAAAAAUAUAACGAUAAUCUGGAUAGCGAAAAUAUUUGGAUAUUAGAGCUUGUAUAGUAGGCAUUCGUUGAAGAAGAAAAAAUACAACUGCUUCGCUAUAUGAAGUUUUUAUUCCAUGACAA